UUUUAUUUAUAAUUCAUUGCAUAUAUAAUUUUUUACACCUCAAUUACAUUUUAGCUAUUUCCACCAUUUUAAACCUCAUUUUAUGUUUUUAUUCGUGUUCUCUGUUAUACAUGAAGUUUAGGUUAAUUGCCUUUAUUCCACUUUUAUUACGUGGGUUUGCAGAGUUUAGAAAUGUUCACAUGCUCUCUCACAUCUUCGAGGCACUCAAAUAUGCAACCUCAGAUUCUCCUUCCGGAAAUCCAAGUCUCGGCUUCCUCCUUGCACAUCCCGAUGAUGAAUCCAUGUUUUUCCUCCCUACUCUCGGAGCUUUGAAAAGCAUUCCCAAACCCGGCGAGGAAUCCACUUUUAAACUACACUUCUUAUACCUUUCCAACGGUAACUCUGAGGGCAAAGGUGAGCUACGAGAGGCUGAAUUAGCUAGCCUUUGUGAUUAUUAUGGGUACUCGUGCACUGUCAUCAAUGAUCCUCUGCUUCAGGACGGCGACACGAAAUGGGACCCUGAGCACGCCUUACCUCAUGUAAAAAAAUUUAUUAAUGACCACAGCCUAAGGGUUCUGUUUACUUUUGAUGGUCACGGUGUUUCCGGUCAUCCUAACCACAUAUCCACCUAUGAAACGGCCAAACUUGCCAGUAAGGAGUUGGAUUUUUUGAAGGUUUUUUACCUUCAAUCUCUCAAUAUUAUUUCUAAAUAUACCAGCAUCUUUUCACUUUUUAUGAUGUUUUUCAAAUCUAAAUGUUGCAUUGCUCUUACGCCUUUUAAGGUUAUGAACAAUAUGAAGUUUUACCAAACUCAAUCUCGCGUCCAUGUACCAUUUUGGUCCUUUCUUUCCUCCUACAGCUAUAUCAACGCUUUCUCUGUUGACUAAUUUCUCGAAAAGUUUCGAAAAUCUCAUUAAAUGUAGCCUGUCAAUGCUAUACUGAACCCA